ACAAAAGCAUUUGUUGAGCUGCCUUCAGCGUACAUUUCUCUUCUCUUCUCUUCUCUUCUCGUCGAUCUAUCAACUGUCCACAUCACGAUCCCAGCUACUUACAUCCAUCACUUGAUCAAGAUGUUACUGACCCAGAUCAUCAAUGGAGGCAACUGCGAGUGAGAGCAAUAAACUUGGUGGACGCUCGGCUGGCUGCAUGAUAUUGAUUAUGUGCGUGGAUUUGGAAACAUCUCUGCCUGCAGCUUUCAUCAUUAUCACCACUGAGAUGUUUUACGCCCCAAUAGUGCUGCCAGCCAAGCCCAGGCCGCCGGAACUGAGGCUCCAUCAACAUCAAACUCCAGUAGAGCUGCGUCUGCUGCAGGCCGGUGGUCGAACAUGUGUCGGAUCAUGGGACCUCUAGAUUCUAACUGGAUACUAAAGAAAUCAGGAUUGGGUAAUUUUGCCCUCGGUCUAAGAUUGUAUCAAAAAUUCUAGCAAGAUUCAGACUAUUCUGGCUGUCAGCUAUGCACGCUCCUGGCCUUAGCAAAAGCUGAAUACAAACUGGUAAUAAUGUGCACAUGACCUCUUCGGUUUCGG